CGGGGGCGGGGGGCGCGGGCAUCGGCGACCCCGGUGGCGGCGGCGGCGGUGGCCGGGGGAAGCCGCGGGGCCGGUCAUGCGGCUGCGGGGCCCGCGGCCCGGAGCGUCCCCCCAGCCCUGAGCGAGGCCCCGCAGGGCGCCCCCCGCCACUGAGGAUGAGUCACUGCAGCAGCCGCGCCCUGACCCUGCUGAGCAGCGUGUUUGGUGCGUGUGGCCUUCUGCUUGUGGGCAUCGCAGUCAGCACUGACUACUGGCUAUACAUGGAGGAGGGGACGGUGCUGCCACAGAACCAGACCACGGAGGUCAAGAUGGCGCUGCACGCCGGCCUCUGGCGCGUGUGUUUCUUCGCAGGUCGGGAGAAGGGUCGCUGCGUGGCCUCGGAAUAUUUUCUUGAACCGGAGAUCAACUUGGUGACGGAGAACACGGAGAAUAUUCUGAAGACAGUGCGCACAGCCACCCCCUUCCCCAUGGUCAGUCUCUUCCUCGUGUUCACCGCCUUCGUCAUCAGCAAUAUCGGCCACAUCCGCCCGCAGAGGACCAUUCUGGCUUUCGUUUCUGGCAUCUUCUUCAUCCUAUCGGGGAGCUGGCGUGAUGUCUGUGUACUUGUUCACCAAGCGCUACGCGGAGGAGGAGAUGUACCGCCCGCACCCGGCCUUCUACCGCCCGCGUCUCAGCGACUGCUCCGACUACUCGGGCCAGUUCCUGCAGCCCGAGGCUUGGCGUCGCGGACGCAGCCCCUCCGACAUCUCCAGCGACGUGUCCAUCCAGAUGACGCAGAACUACCCUCCCGCCAUCAAGUACCCGGACCACCUGCACAUCUCCACCUCGCCCUGCUGAGGCCCUGCCCCUCGGAGCUCCCUUCCUCCUCCUCCUCCUUAGGGGUCUCCCUGCGACGCAGCUCCCCUGCCUCGCGUCUCUUCUGGACUCGGCUUUCUCCUAGAGGGUGCUGCCCACACUUUAGCCCCACCCUCUGCCCAGUAGCCACGCCCACCCCCAUACCCCUUUCUCUUUCCAAUAGCCCCUGCCAUUUCCUGGCCCUUAUACUUCAUUGGGCCCGUUUACUUCCAGAUCGCUCCACUCCCUCGAUUGCCCGCCCCCUUUUGCGGAGGCCACGCCCCUUCCUCGGGCCCCGCCCUCCCAGCUAAGUCACUCACUGGGUUCUACCGUGCAGGUGCCCACCUCCCCGGAGUCCCCCAACCUGCUGCCUCCCCACAGGGGCACUGGGCUGGAGAGUAGGGUCCGGCAGCCGCCAGGAAUGCCAACCAUCCUCUUCUCCCUUCUGCUCCUAAUGCUCCUUCCUGGCUCCGUCUCACCUGCGCACCCUGGGGGCUCUUGAGUGCAGUGGGGGGCUUCUUUGCUCCGCCCACAGCCCCGGGGUGGGUCGGUGUCUGUAGGCCGUGGGUAUGGUUAAUCUGGUGUCCCUCCCACACGUGUCUCUGGCCCCACUGGGAGACCCCCUUCUUUCUCACCGGCUGGGCUCUUCUUGGCCACCUGAGGGUUACGUGCCUUUCAGGGGGCGCUGUCUAACCAAUCUUCUAGCUUUCUCUGCUACCCUAGCUUCUCUUUCUCCCUCCUCUCCUUCCUCUUCCUCCUCUAACUGUCUCCUUCCUCCUUUUCACCUACACACCACACGUCAAGGAUGGAGACCCUAGGGUGAGGGAAUUCCGUGCUGUUUCCACACCUGUGCCCGCCUCUUCCCCCUCGAGGCUCCGUCGGGGGAGGGAGAGACAGUAGCGGGGGUCGACACCCCCCAAAUCUCGAAGUCUUCCAUUUUCUGGCAACUCCCUUUCAUUGAAGUUUCCCUUCCCAUCUCAGACCCCCAACUCUGGCCUCUUUCAAGGGUCCGUCCUCCCCCUUGGACAGAUUUGGGGGCGUCUCAGAAAUUCGCCCACCCCCCCGUAUUAGGGGAGGAGGGGCGAGGUAGCACAGUGUUGUACACGGAAGCAGAAAGGCCCCCGGGGUGGGGGGG